AUGCCUCAGCGUCGUCCAAACGCGAAUACAAAACUGCCAACAGCUUCAUCCCCACGAAUGAAUACGGAGAGCUGCCCGAACAGUUUUCUGGUCAGUAACGAUGCUGAAGAACGAGAUGUCUUGAGGAAUAGGAGGAAUCGGCGAUUUGAGAGCUCCCCCAUCGGCGAAACUCAGCAGGCUGAGAAAUCGACGAGCGCCGCGGCGCUCAAUGGCCCUAAAAUACAGGCCUCCUCCAAUACGCCCGAAUUCUAUCUGAAAUUAAAGGCGGCCCCACAAAGCUCUUCAGAGAGGAUGAAGAGUUAUUGCCAACCAAAUGACAGUGUUUUUCGGCAAUACACUCUGAUGACUUACUCGAGCGGAGCCAUGGCAAGUUCCUUAUACCCCAACUACAACGUGAGCGUACCCUACGUCCAACCUCGAUACUCUACCUAUUCUCUGCAGAGCAGCGUGGGUCCCUCUGCAGGGCAGCUUCAAGCUCAGGACAAGAAAGCGCACUCCACUGCUUAUCAAGCACAGAGCUUCCCGAGCUUCUUCAAUCCAAGAACCGCAAGCAACAUGCCACACAAAGAAAAAGUCAACAACUGGAUCGAAAAUAUACCCAUUUUCGAAGUCGAGAACGGAAUCUGGAGAUCUGACUGCUACGACACCAACUAUUCCGUGAAUUGGGAGGAAAGCGAAUUCGAUGAUGCUGCCAAAGCCGACACGAUCUCUUUUGUGACUCAUGAUGAACUUUUGUACUUACAAGCCAAAAAAUUCGACUCGCUCGUGCGCAAGUCUUACGGCUCAGAGAGUGAACCAAAGAGCUCCCAGAGAGAUAUUUUGUUGGACAACCCAACGCUAACAGACUAUAUAUAG